CUCGUCGGCUCGCUUUGCCGCAGGUCUCAUUCCUUCUCUUGAGCGUAGAAGCAUCCAUGCCGUAGCGCUGAUACUGAGGACUUUCCCACGGAGCUCGAGUGUCUGUGAAUAAUAUUUUAUCAACGGUGCAACAUACCGCCGGCCAAAGUGCGACGCCGGAAAUAACUGAGCCUAGUCGUUAAGUUGAAAGAAAUUUGAUGAGCUGAUGCAUCUGUAUUCUUCUAUUCUGGUGAUUAUAUGGUCUGCACAGCUUCACAACGUCUUCGGAAAAUGUCGACCUUCGACUUACUCGAUAAAUAGCUACCACCUAUCUGGUCACAUGAUGUGCACAAGGAUUGUCUCCGGUCUCUCUGAGUGUGUGACAAUGUGUGCAAUUGAUGUCCACUGCAAAAGCGUAAACUUCUUCUUAAUCAAUAAGUCAUGUGACUUGAAUGAAGCAGACAGACAUUCCCACCCAAAAGAUUAUAGACCGUUUGUAGGAUGUGUCUACAUGGAAAUGUCUACGCCAUUCAAAAAGUCCUGUGCAGAAAUUCAGCAAGUAUGGCCCAAGGCAAAGAGUGGAUACUAUUGGAUAAAGAUUGGAAGCAAAGAAGCUCAGGUUUAUUGUGAUAUGAAGAAUUAUGGUGGCGGUUGGACUUUGGUGGUGACCAUCAGUUCCACGAAUAACGAUCAUCUCGAAAGCGCUAAAGUAAAUUGUCUCAACUUAGAGUUAUGUGUUCCGCUACCUGAGAAGGACAUUACAGCUCGAAAAUUGCAAGACAUAGACAUACACGAUCUGCUACAUUCUGAAGGGACCUUUCGAGUGGAUGUUCUGGGAAAAAAUGAAAAUUACACUAUUUUUCAUCAGAUUCCAAGUGGUCCAGAAAACUUCGACUCAACAUGCGUUCAGGGAAGGUGUCCGCGCAUAAUAAUUUCUUAUUCUUUUCCUUAUCAAUGGGAGACAAACGAUUGUACAGAGAUUGACGUCGGUUACCGCAUUUUCGCCGGUUGCCACAGAGUAUUCGACGGUCAGGACGAUCGUGAGUGCGGCCAUUUGUGGUUUUCAUCAAAAUACCAUGGAAGACGUACCUUGUAUGGUUAUUGUUCCAACAGUCAUGGAAUCUACCAGGACAAAUCAGGGAUGAUGUUUGUAAAAUAACCCUGCUUCAGAGCAAUAUGGUGAAUUAUGUCAUCAAUAUCUAGGAAUCAGUCAAGAAUAUAGAUUCAAGUAUUCGAUACCACCACACCUCCGCAAACACUUUCCAUUUUAUUAAUAACACAUUUAUAACUUAGUUGCAAAUUAGGCAAAGCUAUGUUUUGAUUAAAUUUUACGAGUCUAAUAUUAAUAUUUGGUCAUCAUGCCUGGACAAUAUUCGUCAAUCAAUAAAUCUUUAUGUAGGAAAAACAUUUCGCUUGAAUAAGAAUCAAGGAUGAUUGUUUAUUUCGAUAGCCGAGAAAGAAAGACAAUUAUGUUUGUAGUACAAUAUGAAAUAUUUGUUUACAAAUAGAAUUUUCAUGUCUUCACCCGAAAUUUAAUGUUAAGCAAUUCAUUACUAUGAGUUUCCCAUAAUUAUGAUCGAAUAAUUAGCAAUUUAGGACAGGGUAAGUGGUUGGGGGCAAUCCUUCAUACCCCCUAUAUAAGAGCGGAUUGUUGAUCACACGGGGACUCAGAGUAAUGUGUCAUUCUGCCCUGCUCUUCAUUGCAACACGACGUCUACAACGUUUUCCCACCUCCUCCCCUUGCCUUGUCCUCGUGCUCUCACGGCUUAUACUUGGCUUUUUGUUCCCUCACCUUUACUGGGCUGAAUAUUUUAUGUAGCCAAUGUCCUCAAAGUAUUUAUGAUAAACUUAUUUUGUUAUCAGUUUUGUGUUUUGG